AUGGGCAGUGCGAGCGUCUUUCAACCAUCGUCCAUACUACGAACUGGACUCGUCGAUCAAAAAAUAAAUACGAUUGAUCCGUCAUUCUACGAUUGCAUUUAUAACAGUACAACUGGUCAAAUUGUUAUUGAGAGAUGCUACAAAGAUCUUGGAUGUUGUGCUACCACUUGCUGCUCCAAUGAUGACUGGAAAACCAAGUAUGGAUGGGCUGUGGCUUUAAUAGUAGUGUUCUGUAUAAUUGUCGUGAUUGCGGUAGUUUUAUCACUGAUCGUGUGGUUAAUCAACCGUGCAAAGGACAAGCGCCAGAAACGUCUGCUCGACGACAGCGGACUAUCGCGUGCAACUUCUAACAUGUCGCUUGCUCAGAGCACUCCAGGCGGGUACCAUUACGGUACUGGUCCCUUCAAAUCGCCACCAGUUGCUGGAUAUCGUUACUAA